AACUGGGUCGAUUAUGUCAUGGCGGGUUAGAUGUUUUCGGCGCUUAUAUUUACUGAAUUUAUUUUGAAUAACGCCGUCAAUGAUCUCGUUUCCUACGCUUUUGUUUAAAACUUGUGGUAUCUGCAUUCUAGUGAUCGUUCUAUAACCCUUUCAAAUGUUGAAACAAUUGCAGAUGGGCCUUCGCACGUUCAUGCUUAUCGCAUCCAAAGUAUGGAGUUGUUUUUGUUAUAUGUUUAGAAAGCAGUAUCGAGCGUUGGCUCAGUAUCAAUCUGUCAAAUAUGAAAUUUAUCCUCUUUCACCAGUAUCUCGACACAGGCUGAGUUUAGUAAAAAGAAAAAUGCUUGUGUUAGAUCUUGACGAAACACUAAUACAUUCGCACCAUGAUGCAAUGCUGCGGCCGACUGUCAAACCUGGGACUCCCCCCGACUUUGUGCUCAAAGUCACCAUAGACAAGCAUCCUGUCAGAUUCUUUGUACAUAAAAGGCCACAUGUCGACUACUUCCUAAAUAUAGUGUCACAAUGGUAUGAGCUAGUGGUGUUUACAGCCUCAAUGGAGAUAUAUGGUGCAGCGGUGGCAGACAAACUAGACAACGGUCGGGGCAUACUACGGCGUCGGUUUUACAGACAACACUGCACGCCGGAGCACGGCUCGUACACAAAGAACCUGUCGUCAAUAUGUGACGACUUAAACAGGGUGUUCAUACUCGACAACUCACCGGGUGCAUAUAGAGACUUUCCAGAUAACGCGAUACCAAUAAAGUCAUGGUUCUCGGACCCGCUGGACGUGGCGCUGCUGAAUCUGCUGCCGGUGCUGGACGCACUGCGUUUCACGCACGACGUGCGCUCCGUGCUCUCACGCAACUUGCACCUCAACCGCCUCUGGUAUCCCCAGAUAUAAACCGGCUUAUGUACAAAAUGUGUGGCGCGGUAACAACGCCCGAACCUAUUUAUUUUGUCACUUGUUAAGAUCCCAGCUUCUAUUCAAAUAUACAUAUAGAAAUAACGUAGAUAAAUGGGUUUAAAAAAGUUUUUUUUUAUAUAUAAAUAAAUAAAUGUGAUUAGCGUUUAUACAUAGACUAUGUAUGUUAGCCUACUGAUGUAGACGGACAUUAUCUGUGGUUACGAGUGAACUCUACGCGUCUCUUUCAUAUCGCCUAUGAGUGAGAUAGACGUAUAUAUUUCCAGUUAUAUGUUAAAACUUAUCUGUCAACAGUGUGUUAAUCAAAAUGGCGAACGGGAAAUGUCACUAAAGUCACAUUUUCCCGCUUAAAAGUUAAUCGACGUUUGUGAAAUAUGUUUUGAAAUUAGUUUAAUUUUAA